AUGAGCUCUUUAAGCAGCAGCUUAUUCGGUGCCGCAAACCGCAUGGACUGGCUGUAUGCUUACAUCGCUGGCACUGCUAUCCUGGUGUCGGCCUUUGUCGCUGUCAUUCUUCUACUAUCAUUCCAGAAGAGCAAAGCUGACCCUAAUGGCAAUGGCGGCAUCUUGACUUACCUGCAAUUUAUCUAUGCUACUUUUCUCAAGCCCCAUAACAAGGGUAGCAAUGGCCAACAGGAUGCUCUGGAGAGCUUCUAUAAAACACAGGCCAGUGCAUAUGAUGCCACCCGCAAACGCCUGCUACGCGGCCGAGAGGACAUGCUAGGUCUCGUGGCAGCUCAGUUGAAGUACAAGGCUGAGAAUAAAGAACUUCAAGUUGGGAAAGCAGCCUGGGUUGAUAUUGGUGGUGGAACUGGAUACAAUAUUGAAGCCAUGGCAACCUUCUUACCCGUGAACGAGUUCUUCUCGCAUGUCUACCUAGUCGAUCUUUCCCCCUCCCUCUGCCAAGUUGCUCGUGAACGAUUCCAACGACUGGGGUGGAAAAAUAUCAGCGUCGUCUGUCAAGAUGCACGGACAUUCCGUUUGCCGGACGCAGAUAAUGUUGACCCACGGACUCAAACCACCACGGGUGCAGACCUGAUUACUAUGAGCUACAGCCUGUCAAUGAUUCCAGAUUAUUAUAGUGUCGUCGACUCUCUGCCGGCCUUAAUGAAACCGUCUGGAAUACUAGGCGUUUGUGACUUCUACGUUCAAAGCAUUGUAGAUGUCUCGUCCCGCAAUUACACUGGAGGUGCUUUCAACCGUCAUGUCAACUGGCUUGGCCGAGUCUUCUGGCGUGCUUGGUUUGAUGUAGACCGAGUGAGCCUUGAAGCUGCCCGCAGAGAUUACUUGGAGUAUCGGUUCGGAACGGUCGUCUCAGCUAGUGAGAGAAACUAUCUCCUGGGAGGGAUCCCAUACUACAUCUUCGUUGGGUGCCAGAAGGAUAUCACCUCCAGUCAAGCGGGCAGAGAGGCCAUUGAGAAACUGGAUGCAUCCUUUACAGAAUCUCCGUACCUAUCUCCGGCCAAUCAUCGUCAGGAUAUGGACAAGGCUAUUGAGUUGAGUGCGCAGGAAAUCCGCUCUAAAGCGUACGAAUCUGCCGUGAUCAACCUGGGCUCCAACCUGCCGCUUCCAUCAUCAUUCUACCAGAACCAUCACUACCGAAUCUUCUACAACGACCUGCUUCCCAAGCACACGCAAUUCAAGAAUGAGUAUAUCUACGCUUUCAACUGGGAGGAUCCUCGUGUGGACCAUCGUCUGCUUAAUAUUCAGCGGGACGACGUCAUCCUAGCAAUCACAAGUGCCGGAGAUAACAUCUUGGACUAUCUCCAGAAGAGCCCACGACGGGUGCACGCUGUUGACCUGAAUCCUAACCAGAAUCACCUCCUUGAACUCAAAGUUGCAAGCUUCAUAGCCCUAGGUCACCGUGAUUUCUGGAAGAUUUUUGGUGAAGGAAAGCAUCCCGAAUUCCGUCAACUCCUUAUCUCGCGAUUGAGUCCACAUCUUUCAAGCCAAGCAUUCCAAUACUGGCUUGAACAUGCCCACAUCUUCACAUCCUCUUCUAGCAGGGGGCUCUACGAGACUGGAGGGUCACGUCACGCAAUAAAGAUGGUCCGUUACCUUUUUAAGGUCUUUGGGCUCGAGCGUCAGGUACGGGAACUGUGCGAGGCUCAGACUAUCGCUGAGCAGCGUGAAAUCUGGCCACGUAUCCGCUCAGUGUUAAUGAGCAAGCCUCUUCACUGGGCUGUGGUCGGAACGGAAUGGUUUGCUUGGAAGGCUGCUGGCGUGCCUCGAAAUCAGCGAAACAUGAUCAUCGACGACUUUUUCAAGAGAAGCGGCCUGAACAAAAACAUGAAGCAGGCUAAGGACAUCAGCGGUCAGUCGAUAUGGGAAUACGUAGUUGACACUUUGGACCCAGUCGUCAAGGAUACUUUGAUUAGCAACGACAACUACUUCUACUUCCUGUGUCUGCAGGGCCAAUUCUCCAGAAGAUGUCAUCCUACCUACCUCUCGCCGAAAGCACAUAUGAAGCUGUCUUCACCGGGAGCCUUCGACGGUCUCCGGAUCCAUACCGAUGAAAUCAACGAAGUGAUUAAACGGAUAACACCCGGAAGCCUGACCAUCGCCGUAGUCAUGGACUCUAUGGACUGGUUCGAUCCCGAAGGUAGUGAUGCCACAGCGCAAGCGCAGAAGCUCAAUCACGCCUUGAAGAUGGGCGGUCGUAUCCUACUUCGUUCGGCUAGUAUCGAGCCCUGGUACGUGCGACACUUUGAAGAAAACGGCUUCUCCGCCCGUCGUGUAGGCGCCAGGUUCCCAGGAACAUGCAUCGACCGGUGA